AAAAAUGUUCUUCAUCUAAGAGACUGUGAAAGCAGAGAGAGAGAGAGAGAGAGAUGGGAGGUGUGACGUCAUCAGUUGCGGCGAAGUUUGCUUUCUUCCCACCGAGUCCGUCGUCUUACAAGCUGGUCUACGACGAACUGACCGGACUUCUUCUGAUGAACCCAUUUCCUCACCGUGAAAACGUCGAAAUCCUUAAGCUUCCGACACGUAGAGGAACAGAGAUCGUGACUAUGUACGUCAGACAUCCGAUGGCUACCUCUACUCUGCUUUAUUCCCAUGGAAACGCCGCCGAUCUGGGCCAGAUGUAUGAGCUCUUCAUCGAAUUGAGCAUCCAUCUUAAGGUUAAUCUCAUGGGGUAUGAUUACUCCGGAUAUGGACAAUCUACUGGAAAGCCAAGUGAGCACCAUACAUAUGCUGAUAUCGAAGCUGCUUAUAAAUGUCUUGAGGAAACCUACGGAGCAAAGCAGGAAGACGUAAUCCUUUAUGGCCAAUCCGUUGGAAGUGGACCUACAUUAGAUCUUGCUGCUCGAUUGCCUCAUUUAAGAGCUGUUGUUCUCCAUAGCCCGAUUCUUUCGGGUUUAAGAGUAAUGUAUCCAGUGAAAAAGACAUACUGGUUCGACAUCUUCAAGAAUAUCGACAAAAUCCCUCUUGUGAAUUGCCCGGUUCUCGUCAUUCACGGAACUUGUGAUGAAGUAGUUGACUGUUCCCAUGGAAAACAACUAUGGGAACUCUCUAAAGAGAAAUAUGAACCGCUUUGGCUCGAAGGUGGUAACCACUGUGAUCUAGAACACUAUCCUGAAUACAUUAAACACCUUAAGAAGUUCAUCACAACCGUAGAGAGAUCUCUGUCCUCAAGGGCGAGCACGGCCCAAUCAGAAAAACAGAGCAGCGAUUUGGAAAUGCCGAGGCAGAGCGUAGAUAGAAGAGAGAAGCCGAGGCAAAGCGUUGAUAGAAGGGAGAAAGAGAAACCUCCAAAGGGUCCGUCGAAGAAGAGUAAGCUGAGAAUCACAUUUGAGCAGCACUUAGAUCGGACUAGGAGGAGCGUUGACUUCCACGAAAAGGCAAGGAAGAGCGUUGACCAUCAUCAACAUCAUCAGAAUCAUCAUCAGAUUGAGAGAGGGAGGAAGAGUGUUGAUAGAUUGGAUAGAGUACGGUCUGACGUUUUCGCCGCUGACGCUCCCUCAGCUUCCCCCAAAAAAUCUCCAUCACCCACCGCCACACCAACCAAGGCUCCAACUGCCCCAACCAAGGCUCCUGCAGCUCCAACCAAGGCUCCGGCUGCCGCACCUAAAUCAUCAUCGGCCUCUUCUCCCAAAGCAUCUUCCCCUGCUGCCGAAGGACCAGUCUCCGAGGAUGACUACUCUGCCUCCAGUCCUAGUGACUCCGCCGAGGCACCUACCGUCUCCUCCCCACCGGCUCCCACCCCUGACAGCACAUCCGCUGCUGAUGGACCAAGCGAUGGACCCACUGCGGAGUCACCCAAGAGUGGUGCCGUGACAACCGCUAAGCUCUCCGUUGUCGGCACAAUCGCCGCCGUCGGAUUCUUCUUAUUUUCUUUCUAAGUUAAAUCGUCCACGUUUUGCUUGGAUGGAUCAGAGAUUUGUAUAAUCUUUUGAGUUGAGGCCGUAAAUUUAUUUUAUAUAUACGUUUAUAAAUCGAGAUUAAUUGG